UUCCCGCUUCUCAGUUUUAUUGGAUGCUCCAUUAACAUAUAUAUUGAUGUGCUUCGCAAUCGGAUUGCAUAAAAAUGUUACAAUUAUGUGCUGGAGGGUUAGAUGAAAGUCUUUAGCUUUUAGUUUGUUUUCUCGAUUCCAUUUGAUCCCAUUGACAACAAGUUUGCACUUUGAAUGUAAUGGAAAUAGGUUACGAAAUAGUAGAGGAUGAGAAUUUCACUGAGAAAAAGAGCGGAGGGGGGAAAGUCAGUUGAGCAAAGUAUGCCACCGUGCCCAAUGUGUUAUGUUCAAAUUCAUUUCUUCUGAGGAAAAUGAUUUUUUGGUCUCUAAAAUUAAAGAGGUUGGGCUUCCCAUUCAUACCAAGUUUGGCAAGAUUUAAUAUCUUGAAGCAAUGGAUAAGUCAUGGAUUACGAAGCCACAGAACUCCAUUGGAUAUGAGCAAGGGGUUAGGGGAUUUAUUAAUUUUGCAUUUGAACAUCAAUCAGUAAAUGGAAAGACAAUAUGUCCUUGUAAACGAUGUGGUUUCAAAAAAUGGCAGUGUAGGGAAAUACUGUAUGAUCACUUAAUGUGUACACCUUUUCCAGUAACAUACACUACAUGGAUCUAUCACGGGGAGUCCAAAGUAAGAAAAGUUAGGGACAUCUCAGUUAAUAAUAUUACAGAUGUAGUUAAGGACAUUGUUGUUGUUGAAAAUCCUUUGCAAAACAUGAUCAAUGAUGCUUUUAGAGUUGAUACACACCAUACAAACAAAGCACCCAUUGUUUCAAAUGUAGAGAUUGAUUGAGAUGAAAAUUUGAUGUCAAAUGCAACUCAAGACAAGCAUGAAGCUGAAGAGUUUUAUGAAUUAGCCAAAGAUGAAGAGCCACCAUUGUAUGAAGGGUGUACAAAAUACUCAAGAUUAUCUUUUUUAGUAAAGUUGCACCAUAUCAAAUGUGGAAUGAGCCACAAGGCCAUGACAAUGAUUUUAGAACUAUUGAAUGAUGCUUUUGGACAUGCAAAGAUUCCAAGCUCAUUCUGUGAGGCCAAGAAAAUAAUCCCUCAUACAUUUGAGUUUGACUCCAAGACGGUUGUGAGGAACAGGGAUGAGGUGGAAUCACAACAAUACACCAAAGAAGAAAUGUAUCCAAACUCUCAUAGAAAGAAGGAUGGAUCAUUUGUUAAUGAAGCAGCUAGGCAAGAAUAUACUUCUUCCAAAAAUAAGGCCUUUGCUAGAGCUUUUGAAAAGGAACAUCCUGAAUAUGUUGGAGGAAUGGAACUUGGGGUAACACCAUCUCAUGACACUGAGUCUAUUUCACACUCCACGAGAUCAGUAUCUUCCUCUGAGUCUGUAAAGAUGAGAAAACUGCAAGUUGAAAUCAACGCACUUAAGGAUCAAGUUGCACAAGUUGACGUCUUGAAGGAACAAGUUGAUUUUCUUAUGCAAAAUGUCAAGGGAAACAAGUUGGGACAAGAGAUUCAAGAUCUUCGUCUAACUUUAGUAAUGUGCUUGAAAAUCAUGGAACAUCACCACGGAGGACAAUUUAAAUAUUUCUUUUAUUUAUAAACUUGACAGCUUUUAGUUAUAUUUCUUUAUAUUUGGAAAUUGUUGAACCAAUUAUUGACUAUUUGUAAAUUUUAUAGUGUGAACUAACGCACGAAUUUUGUAACUCUUCACUGCAUUUAUG